UGGAAGUUAGCUGGCAGUCUGAGUGUGUGCGUGUGCACAUGCAUGUAUUAUUACACAGGUUUACGUGUGUGUGUGUGUGUGUGUGUGUGUGUUGUAAGCAUGUUGGCCACUUCUCGGGUCAACCUCACAGACCCGUGUGUGCUGUCUGUGCGGCUCGUCGCAGUCACGUUUGUAGGAAGGACCGCUCGCGACCGUGAUUAAAAUUUGAUGCCUGCUUUGAGGUGCAGCAGUUUCCAGGUCAGCUGUGAGAGCCACCGUGGGGGCUCUGUUAUAUUCCCGCCGGAGGGGAGCAGUGUUUCGGCCAGACAUUCAGUCAUUAUGAUACAUUUUGUAUGUUUUUUUGCGAGCCCAUUCAACAAGGCUUCCUCCUGUUUCGCUCAAUAAUCCAAUUGUACAACAAGGGGCUUCCACCCGGAAUAACAAGCUAAUAACACCAUGUCUCGUCUCCGUGCCUCUCAACGCCAUCAUCAGUCUGCACGCUGUGUUUCAGGCUGCAGAAGUGCCGCUGACAGCCUUGCAGUUUAUCCUCAAAAGCCACACAAUUGCUAUCAUAAUCCUAUAAUAUUAUUUUUUUACAGCGCCAGUUUAGCGACAUUGCAUCCCUUUAUAAUGGGUCCAUCUCCUUGUGAUGGCGCUAAUAUCCCCUCAGGGACCUGAAGUGUGCCUGUGUGUCUAUAUUAAGUUGCAUCUCUUCGCUACAAUGUUUCCACAGGGACUUGUAGUUGUGUUGUGAUAUUUCUAACAGUCUCCACUCAAGUUCUCCCGGCCGGUUGUUUCGUUCUGAACUCGUUUCAAGGAACAAAAUAUGUGCACUUCUCUAAAAUCGUGUGUCUUUUUUUAAUGCUGCCACAGUUGCACAGGACUGUUUGCAGCCACGUCCUGGCAGACCACCAGACCAGACCGCACGCGAAGCUCACGAGACUGACACCGGAUAAGGACGCUAUCUUUGCAAACCGAAUCAAUCUGAGCAAAAACAUGGACCCGGUGUGAUCGCGUCGAUGAAGGAGGUGAAAUCUGCUGCGUGUGUUUUGCAACAGUCCGAGAGGCAAAAACAAAAAGGGGGGGGGGGGGGGGUGGAUCGAGGAAGGGACGCCGUGAUUUCCUCCGUGUUCCGCCCACGGCUCUGGUUCUUUGCGCCGCCCCUUCUCCGGGAACACCGAGUCAGGGAACUGAGCCGCUUCCUUCCACUCGGAUUGUUGUAAACACUGGACAUUUUUAAAUGUCUCCACACCGCAGUCUGCCUGUGGGUAAACCCUCCUCUAUUACCACUGGGUUUUUAACAAUUCUUUUGUUUUAGAGUUUGCUUUCAUAAUCAUUUUCUGACCUGGCCCUAUAGUUCAGAACUUUUGAUACUUUGUGUGUACAGCCUGAUAGACCCCAUGUGUCUCCAGGCUCCACAUCAAAGGUAAAUCUUUUUUUACAACAUGAGGAACUUAACCCGACACAGACAGUAGCCUGUAGCUCUUUCAAUCCUCUUCCCAGAACUCACUUUUAAUUUAAAAACCAUAAUCUCUAAUUGCCUUGUUUGAUAUUUAUUUAUUUAUAGACAGACAGACUCUUUACGGGGUGUUUGGGUCACCUUCGCAACUCUCUUCAUCCUUAUAUAACCUGGCAAGACUGUAACAGCACAUUCCUAGUACAGGAUGAGCCUGGGGAAUUUUUCACUCCUCUCUUCCAUUAACUACGACACACACACACACACACACUCCUGAAUUACUUUUGUGCUUCCCCACCUUUCUGUUAAUUGUUGAGUCUCAACGGUACGUUUUCCAUAUUUGCUCUGUAGGCAGCAGCCACGAUUAGAUAAGUGUGUGUGCUGUGUUUGAGCACAUGGAUGUGUGUGUGCUUCUGUGCUCCUCUGUGAGUCACGGGGUGUAUGACUGUAUACGUUUUGUUUACCCAGCCUGCAUCUCGGGUUAAUUUCCUGUGGCGCGCACAAUAGACUGGAGCCGAUGCUAUCCGUGCCUUAUCAGCACUGUGCUUUCCAGUGUCUGAACCACAUCACAGGUCUCAUCGCCGAUAGGACCUGGUGGCACGGAGUGAAGGUACAAGUAGCACAGUCACGCUGGUGAGCCAAAAGUCUGUAUCUCGCACAGACAUCUUCCGCCUAAUGUGUUCUCCCCAAGUGUAAUCGGUCGCUCGGUUAAUUGAAAAAUCUCCCUUAUUCCAAUAUCACGUGUGCAGGAUUAGUUGAUUUUUUUCUCUCUUGAGGGAAAGGUGUUGCACACGGUCUGACGUCGGCAAAACUGACCCACAAAUCAAGUUCUACAAGUGCCAAUUAUGUUUAUUAUUUUACACACCUGUAGAAAUCACUUGGAUAAAUAUGUUUGAAUCAGCACUAAACCGUCAUAAUGAUUAGUCAUCAAUAUCAUGUGUCUGCACGCGGAAAUAAGCCAAAACACUAAUGACACGUUGCUCAAAACCAAACAGCAACGAUGAGUCAUUAAGGUAUUUGGUUCUCCUCAUGAUUUCUGUCAUAUAAUUUGUAUUCUAGCAGAUUUCUUUCCUGGUUUUGUCAGCCAAUUCUUAUUUUCUUAUGACUAUUUGUAUAUUUAUGUAAUAUAGGAAAUACAUUAUGUUGUUUUUUAAUUAACAUGGAAAUUGUCACUUGAGAUGUUCACACAGCUUCUUUGAAUAUUCAAAUUACAUAAUGGUUUUGCAGAAACAACACAUACAUUUUAAUCACAUACAACACACAAUUUCCUAUUUCCGGAGCGUUGCUGUUACUGUCGUCACGACAAAGCAGCUGUGAAGGUUAAAAAAAGCCGACCGGUGAAGCCCUUACAUCAUCCCCUUACAUCUUCAGACAGAUUAUGUGCAGAGUGAGUUCAGCUCUCCCCUUCAGCUGCGCUGUCGAGAUGCGUGUUACCCCCGGACAGCACCAGUGAGUCCUCUCCAGCCACAUCAUAUCACCACGAGCCUGACGGGAACCGAGAGGAACGGAGAAUAACAACAUUAAGGAAUUGAGCGGAAUGCGUUUUUCUGAGGCGAGACACGAACUUUGUAGAAUUCGACUCCCACGCUGAAACACCGGCCGGCUAAGUAUAGGUCAUCCCUUCAUCCCAGGCCUCGCAGAUUUACUGGCUGCCUUUAUUUAAAAGGAUGCCGUAUUGAUUCCGGCUUUCUGACAAAGCACAUUGAUUCCAGUGAGGUUUUUGGAAAGGCCUUGAUCACCGCUAUGUCAACACUGCAUCAGGAUAUUUCAAGUCAAAAAGGACUACAGUAGUAGUUUUUAUUUUUUUUGGGACAUCCAUCUUACAUUUUUUGAGUUUCUGCGUACUUUUAAGAAUGUAUUUUUGAUCCGCUUGAUUUCCUCAUUUUCGUCUCCACAGUAUAUACACACACACACACACCGUAUUCUCUCACCAUGUACGGUAGCUCCCGUUCCGUCUCAAAGCUGGAUGUCGUUGGGUCCAAUGGCAACGGGUCGGUGUCCGGGAGCCCCAGUCGCUCCCCGCGCCUCCCACGCUCCCCGCGCCUCGGACACAGGCGAAACAGCAGCAGCAGCUCCACCGGCGGACUCACCGGCAACUGUAAAACCCUGUCCAUGGAGAACAUCCAGUCUCUGAACGCCGCCUACGCUACGGGGGGUCCCAUGUACUUCUGUGACACCGUCGACGACUCAAUCGGCAUCGGGAGCCUGGGCAGCGGGCUGAACCCCUCGCUGCCCAAAAGCACCAUGACCCUGGGCAGGGCCGGGGCCAGGAUCCCCUACGGGGUCAGGGCGGCCAUCAUGGGGAGCAGCCCUAAUAUAAACACUGGAGGCGGUGUGAUGCCCAGCGAUGCCAUAGCAUUUGGGGGGGAGCUGCAAAACCAGCUUCAACAGGCGGCUACUGUGCCUCAUUCCAUGAGACAGGUGAGAGACGGGGCGAUGUCAGACCUGCAGACACAGUUAAGAGAAGUGCUGAGAGAGAACGAACUGCUAGGCAGAGAACUGGAGGCGAAAGAGUCCAAGUUGAGCUCCUCUAUGAACUCCAUUAAGACGUUUUGGAGUCCAGAGCUGAAGAAAGAGAGGGCGCUGAGGAAGGACGAAGCCACAAAGAUGGCCGUGUGGAAGGAACAGUACAGAGUGGUGCAGGAGGAAACACAGCAUUUUCAGUGCUCCAUCCAGGCUUUACAGGACGAGCUCCGAAUCCAGCGAGACCUCAACCAGCUCUUCCAGUCCGACUACACCGAGUCUGUUCACCUCGCCAACCAGCCCAUCUCCCCUCAGGACAUGACGGAGGAGAACUUCCUGCGUCUCCACGGCGAGUAUGAGCGGCAGGUGAAAGAGCUCUUCCUCCUGAGGAAGACCGUGGAAGAAAUGGAGCUGAGGAUAGACACACAGAAACACACGCUAACUGCCAGGGACGAAUCCAUAAAGAAGUUGCUGGAAAUGUUGCAGAGCAAAGGCCUGUCGUCACGGGCAACCGAGGAGGACCACGAACGAACGAGGCGACUGGCCGAUGCUGAGAUGACCAUCCACCAGCUGGAGGGCCUAAUGGAGCAAAGAGACAAGGAGACGCUACAACUCAGAGAGGAGCUGCACAGGAGAUACGAAGCAGCUCCAGAAUCAACAAAGACCAAGGCCUUGCAGACGGUCAUCGAAAUGAAGGAUGCGAAGAUCAGCUCGAUGGAGCGCGGCCUGAGAGAGCUGGAGGAGGAGGUGAACAUGCUCAAGUCCAACGGGGCUCUGAGCAGCGAGGAGAGGGAGGAGGAGAUCAAACAGAUGGAGGUCUACAGAUCCCACUCCAAGUUCAUGAAGAAUAAGGUUGAGCAGCUGAAGGAGGAGCUGACUCGCAGCCAAUCGGAGAAGGAGGAGCUAAGGCAACGAGCCAAUGAGCUCCAGCGGGAGGCGUCCGCAAUUGAACAAGCAAAGCAGGAUCUGGGUCGUAAGGACAGCGAGCUUUUGGCUUUCAGGACCAAACUGGAAACUCUGAACAAUCAGUUUUCUGACAGCAAACAACACGUGGACGUACUCAAGGAGUCCCUCACUGCCAAGGAACAGAGAGCCGCUAUACUGCAGACCGAGGUGGAUGCGCUGCGUCUCCGUCUAGAGGAAAAGGAGUCCCUCCUCGCUAAAAAGAGUGGGCAGAUAUCAGAGCUGACGGAGGAGAAAAGCACUCAGCAGGGCGAGAUCAGCGACCUCAAAGACAUGCUGGACGUCAAGGAACGCAAAGUCAACGUGCUGCAGAAGAAGAUAGAGAACCUCCAGGAUCAGCUGAGAGAUAAAGAGAAACAGCUGGGCGGACUGAAAGGCAGAGUCAAGUCUUUACAGACGGACACCUCAAACACAGACACAGCACUGGGGACACUGGAGGAGGCUCUGGCCGAGAAGGAGCGGAUCAUCGAGCGGCUGAAAGACCAGCGGGAGAGGGAGGAAAGAGAAAAGGGGGACGAGAUGGAGUCCAGCAAGAAGGAGUUGAAGGAGUUGAGGGAGAAAGUCUCCCAUCUGCAGGCUGACCUGGCUGACCGUGAGACUUCAGUGUUGGAUCUGAAGGAGAAGGCUUCCUCUCUGGCUUCGUCCACUCUGAAGAAGGACAGCAGGCUGAAGAGUCUGGAGAUCAGCCUGGAGCAGAAGAGAGAGGAGUGCGUCAAACUGGAGAACCAACUCAAGAAGUCUCAGGGUGCAGCGGCAGAUUCCCAGGCCAACACUGAACUCUCCGAACGCAUCUCCUGCCUGGAGCAGGAAGUGACCCGAAACAAAGAGGAUGCUGGGAAGGCCCAGUCCGAGGUGGAACGACUUCUGGAGAUCCUGAGGGAGAUGGAGGACGAGAAGAACGACAAGGAGAAAAAGAUCACCGAUCUGGAGAGAAAUCCCUCUGCCUCUCAUCUGUGGCGUUCUCAGCAAUCGCGAAAACAGGCCCCUCCCCCCGCUGCCUCUCAGCAGCCAAUGGGGGGGCUGGUGUGGGACUACCUGGGCACUCUUGCCUCAAGGCAGAUGAAGGACCAGUCGAAGAAGGUGGCCAACCUGAAACACAAGGAGCAGCAGGAGAAGAGCCGGACCGCCCAGCUGAUGGACGACGCCAAGAAGAGAGAGGACAAUCUGAACGAAAGCUCCCAGCAGAUACAGGACUCCCUCCGUCAGAAGGAGGAGCGCAUUGAGGAGCUGGAGGAGGCGCUGAGGGAAAGUGUUCAGAUCACUGCGGAGAGGGAGGUGGUGCUCGCCCAGGAGGAGCAGGCCCGCACACACUCCGACAAUCAGGUGGAGGAUCUGCUGGUUGCGAUGGAGAGGGUGAAACAGGAACUGGAGGUGAUGAAGGCCAAGCUGUCAUCAACUCAGCUCUCACUGUCCGAGAAGGAAGGUCACCUGACCGCCCUGCGGGCCGAGAGGCGGAAGCACCUGGAGGAGGUCCUGGAGAUGAAGCAAGAGGCCCUGCUGGCAGCUAUAAGUGAGAAAGACGCCAACAUCGCCCUGCUGGAGCUUUCCUCAUCUAAGAAGAAGAAAACCCAGGAUGAGGUGGCGUCUCUGAAGAGGGAGAAGGAUGGUCUGGUUCAUCAGCUCAAACAGCAGACUCAAAACCGGAUGAAGCUGAUGGCGGACAACUAUGAGGACGACCACCUGAAGGUCUCCACUCCAAACUCAGAGCUGCCCAACAAUCACAAGCCCUCCCCAGAUCAGAUUCUCUCUCCUCUCCUGGAUCUCAAUCAGAAUCGCAGUAAACUGAAGCUGUACAUCAGCCACCUGACCUCACUGUGUCAGGAGCGAGACCCGAUCAUACUGCAGGACUCCGCCCCGCCCCCCGCCUAUCACCGCUCUGACUCCGCCUCCUGGCAUACGCAGGUGCACAGCAUGACACAGGAACAGUUGGAGGCGGAGUUGGCGCUGUGCGAGAGGGAGGGGGCGGAGCUCCAGGAGUACGCCAAUCAGGUCCUGCAGCAGAUCGCCGAACGAUGCCCCGACAUUUUGGAACAAGUGGUCAACGCUCUUGAGGACAGCUGCUGACACACGAGUGCACACACGCUGACAGAAACACAAACUAUACAUUAAUUAGCACGCAAAUUCAGAAGGCAAGUGAACACACACACACACAGGACCAUGAGAAGUCUCUAGAAAACGCCCAUAAUCCCCUGCUACACUAAUUAAUUGACUUUCACUUCCACCUGCUCUUCUUCAUCUAAUUUUUGGAAAAAUUCACGUCGUUACUGAAAAAUACUCUUCCAAUGUGUCUUUAGUCUCUCUCACUUUUAACACACAGUGCCAGCUGAGGGAAAUAUGGUUCAUUUUUCAGCUCAUAGGCCUUUGUUGGCAUGCAAGUUAAUUGGAAAUUGUUAAUGUUUUUUGAGGCAUUGAACACGUAUUUUCCAAAACUACUUGGAAACAGAAGGAGCAUCGCUGCUCUCGCCAUCUGUGACACUUUGCAGCGGCCAUCUUGUGUCCUUCCAGGCAAAUCGGCAGACUUGUUAACGUGACUUGAUGCAUUUCAUUUGGGGGGGGGGGGGGAUAUUUUCAAACUGUCGGGAAAAAAAAGGGUGAAAGUGAGUCGAGCUUGCCAGGUUCCUUCUGAUGCCAGACUUACACGCUGUUACCACAUUGUUAUUUGAUUGGUUCACAUUCAAAAGUGUGUUUAUUUCAGCUGCCUUUCAUUCUUUACAUCAUUUGCUGCUAUAUCUUUUUAACUUUUAGUUUCUCUUCUUUCUUUUUUUCAUGCCUUGUUGGGUUUUUUUUUCUUUUUCUGAUGAAACAUCCCAACUUGCAGUUACUUUCAGCAGUAACCUCCAGAUAGUUGUGUAUAUUGUAAAGAGAGAACUUUAAUUAACAGCCUUUGUCAGGAGAUCGUGAUACUUUUAUGUGUCUUUUUUCCCCCAUUAUUGAUGGAAGGCACACACACACACCACAAUACAUCUCGCAAUACUCCCUUUAUUAAAACACACCGGUGACGAUGUUUGCUGUUUCUUUUUAAACCGAAGAAACACAUCCAGUCAUGGUGUCCGUGCUGAAAUUAGGUUGUGUUCAGACAAUCCCUCACCUACCAUUCUGUGACAAUCCUUUUAGAGUUAUGGAGAAAUCUGAGUUAAUAUUCCCUUAUUGAAGCAUCUUGUCUUUCAUGGGAGGUAGGGAAUAUAAAAUAAUUAUUGCUUUUGGUAAUAUAUAUCUAAAACACAUCUUGUUUAAUUGAAAAUAUUGUCAUGUAUUGGUUGGUAUGUUGCAUAAUGUGUAAAAGAAAAAAAAAAAAUUGGUGAUUUGCAAGUAACCACAGAUUAGUUCUGUAAGCAGGAGACUGUUAUUGGGAACGUAUAUAUUGCACGUCCACGAGGCUCUGUGUCCACCGGGAACACUUUCUUCUUCUUGUAGUUUACAGUGCGAACACUCUGCUGCAUGUCUCCCACAGCGCUGACAGUCUUAGCAAGACUUCAGCGCUAACAGCACCAAGCAUUAGAGGUUCCAUUUGUUUCAACUUCAAUCAAAAGCUCCUCUAACAGGUUCUUUUUUUUAGUGCUAAUAAGACUGUCGAGAGUGCUGAAAGUGUGACUUUGGGCCACAUGCAACUGUUUAGCGCUGCUCCCUUAAAAGAAAUACCUGGUGGAGACAAAGCCUAAAGAUGGAGAUUUACACUGCGCUCAAAUCUGAUUCUACUCCAUCAUAACGCUUUCAUUUUCUGCACCUAAGAUGUGUACUAAAAAAAAGCCCAAAUGGGUGUAAAUGAGGAGUUUCAUUCCAUAAUAUUACAUGUCUGUUCUCAUAUGUUAGCAGUUUGAAAUUGCUCAAGGCUCCAAUGAUCAUGAAUAGUUUGUGUAACUUUGACAAAUGCUUCUUAUUUUGGAAUGAAACUCCAUCAGAUAUGAGCUUGUGUUGUAGAUCCAGUAUUUUGUCGUCUGUUUUAUACUGAUAAUGUUUUGGAUCGGUGGUGACUGGGACUCACCGGGACUUUGUUGUGGAUUGAAAAAUGAUAAAAUGGAAUAAAAUAUGGAUUUAUCUUUAUGAUGUUGUGGAAGGAUCCUGUCUGUGAUUUGAUCUUUUCUCUUAUUGUUUCUUGUUUGAAGGAUUUUUAUAGACUAGAAGAAGGUGAAGACAACAAAAAUAAGCCAUAAAAAAUAAACAGAAAUAUUCUUUCUCGUCUUGUGAACCCUCGGAUGAAUCCUCACUCUCACACACCUUCACUGUGAGAGAGGCCAGGACUAAUUUGUUGUUUUUUUUGUCUUUUGACUUCCGUACAAAUGAUAAAGACAAAGCUUAGAACAUCUUUCCUUUUGUUUCAUUUCCUCACUUUUUAUGACCUCUCCUUCCCCUCCUUUCCUUUUGCCUCCCUCCCUCGCUCUCUCUCUCUCUUUAUCUCCCUCUAAACUGUGCUUCUUAUCUUGUCACUAGUGGUUUAUUUUCCUAUCCGCCCACAAAAAAUGACAUUGUUCCACAGCACAGGCCUCAUCCUGUUCCAGUUCUUUACAUACACACGCACACACACACACACACACACACACAAUCAAGCCAUACCAUUACUAUUGUCUUAAAGGUAUAGUUUGGAUUUUUGAAGUGGGGUUGUAUGAGUUACUUAUCCAAUGUCAGACAGCGAGAUAAAGCGGUGACAAUAUGCUAAAUAUAGCGUACACUUAAACUGAUAUUGAUUCCUGUUUGUUAAGGCGGGCCUCUCUUUCAGCCCACAUGCCCCGACAUUUACCUUAAAGGAUCUUCAAGGAGAGUGGAAACAUCGUCGCUUUUCACACAAUAAAACACUUCUGAGUCGACUCCCCGACAGUCUGCAAACGUAACAUAUGUGCCAAUGUUUACC